UCGACUAGAGAUGACGUUGAUCAAUGACGUGUAUUAUGCAGUCCGCAAUGUUUUGAUGCAGUUGGUAACUGUUGGUAUAAAACGUGUGGGCGUUAAAACGGAGUCGUGUGUCUGUGGGUAGUGCUCGUUUUCGUGGUACGAAUCUACAUAUAGAAAUAUUACAUGUAUUCUGUUUGGGUUUCUGUCUUUGCUGACGUUGCGCGAGACUGUUUUUAGCUACGCGUGGCCACUUGGCAUGGCUUGAAUUCCGCAAAGCCAGGCUCCCAAUGUCAAGAAUCUUACCAGUGAUCUACUUGGAUAUUUUGUGAUACUGCUAGUGCACUAUUAUUAGGCAUGCACGCGAGACUCUUUUGUGCGCACCUUUUAUUACCUUUUUCCUUCGUCAGUGUACAGCUAUUAUAGUGCACACAUCACUUUUUCGAGUCGGGACUGGCGAAAAGUGCUUCCGAAGCUCACCGGACAUGCAGACUUCUAUCGAUGUCAGCUUCUCACCUUGUUUAUCCAUGACACUCAAACACUGGAUCGCCUAAACCGUGAUUUUCUUCUCUAUGAUCCACACAAUUUAUGCCCAGUUGGAUUCAGUAGAAUCGCUUUUGGACGAGCACCCCUAUAUGUUUUAUCUGGGCCUAUUCUUUGUGAACGUCCUCAUCCUCUACUACGCCUUUCUGAUGGAGUACAUCGUCCUGAAUGUGGGGAUAGUAUUUAUGCCUGAGGAUAUGGACCGGGCUCUGGUGGACCUCGGGGUUCUUUCUGACCCGGCAUCCCUGCCCUACGACUCGGACACAGACUUGGAUGUGUUUGAAGGGUAUCUGGAGUGACAUGGAUUGGAUUAUGAUGCUAGUGAAGAUGAUGGAGAGGUCAGGGACAAACGAAGCCUGUCUGCUAGACGUCUGUUCUUUUUGGAUAGAGAGGAAUAAGGUCAGCAGUUUACUGGUCAUCUCACCGUGAAGAUCACCAAAGGCAACUUUUCCAACCAUCAUCUCUUGGGAAGACUCAUUCUUUGACUUCACCGCCACAUGGACGUCCACAUCAGCAUUUGUGUCCUUCUCUUGGCACAUAUUGACAUAAGAAAAGGCUGUACUUUGUGCUGCAUGCGAGACGACACUGCGACUGUGGUCGUACAAUAUCGAUCCAGACAUAAGAAGCUCGGUGCAAAUCAUAUCCAAUCAGAUCAGUUGAUUGCACCAAAAGAUGCAACUCAUCUGGACUUGAAAAUGUUGGUAGUCUCCAAAUUGUUCCCUUCUCAUUUGCCAACUAAGCGUUGGCAAAUGAGAAUUCAAUCAAAUCAUUGAAUUUGAUUGAAGGAGAAUGUAUUCUUGCAUUGUAGGCACCCCAUCCCGAAUUUCAGAUGUGUAUUAGACACGAUGUGCGUUCUGCUUCUCAAUCAAACUGGUGCCUUGUGGGUAGCGCAUCUCAAACAUGAUACAGGACAAGACGGUAUUAUUCGGCUGGGCAGCCGUUUUUGGGUUUGCUCUGACAAAAAGCUUUACAUUUUCUCUUCAGUGUAUAUAUCCAGCAUAAAUAUUUGAUACAACUGUGCUUCCCGUUGGCUUAAAUCACUGUCAAAACUAAAUACUAAUAAUGAAUUGGUGGGAACCUUGAAAGGAAUCUUAAAGCAGCUACUUCAUAUUGAACUCACAAUUUUACCUUGUAAAUAUAUUUGAUUUUCCAAAUGUAAGACACUUGAAACCGAUUUGCAAUGCUGGUUGAAUGUUCCGUCAUUUUAUCUCUAUCUUGGGAUUUAUCGCAAUCUUUUUUUUUUUUGUUUCAUUCUGUUCUGGAUUGAGAAUUUUCUUUUAAAAAAGUGUUACCUUGAAGCAAUAAUGAUGUGUAUUAAACAAAUCGGUGGAUAAAUAAUGAGUGAGCUCACUCUGUAGUGGUACAUUCACCAGACUUCUUUGCAGGUAGGACGGGUUCAGUUUCCAUCAGUGAUGGUGCGAGUUUAAAUGUUUAUCUUUAAAUAUGCCAUUUAAUUAAGUGGCGAACAAUCCGGCGUGUAGUCUGCUUUUUGCUCAAUGCCACCGAAUAUAGACUCCUGCUCCCAGCUACCCUGAUCAGGAGAAGCUCUUUUGAAAAUGGAUGGAUGCAUAAUAAGUGAUUUUGAAAACUCAAGUCAGGCGCAGUUUGUAUGCGUGUGUGAACGGAAUAAAACCACCUUAUAAACAGACAUUCAAAAGAA